GUCAGUUACCUGAAGCACCUGCUGCUGUGGGUUAGUUCAGCUGGUUAUGUUUAGUAUUAAUCAUUAUCUACUCACAUCUAUGAUGGAGGGGUGUUGCAGCCAAAUCUAAUACAAUUGCAGUAAAUGGUGACGGAUUCUUCAGAAGUAAUACACCACACAGCUGAAUAUCUGGCUGUGCGUUUUAAGUUAUAGAUAUUAUAUAUAUAUAUAUAUACACAUCAAUAAAGUUCAGAUCCAAACACUUUGACUUGUGUUGACUGUAAUUGUCUCAUUCGGUUGGAUUGGGUGUUGACACUUGACUGUGAAGUAACUGAAACUGUUUAAGUUUAGCCGUACUGAUAAAGUCACUGCUUCACAGCACCUGUCUAGGAAACACUCACUUCCUGUGAGGCUUCACUCUCUAACUCAGAACUCGAGUGUCAGCGAGGCGGACAUGUAUGUACAUGCUGGACGUAGCAGAGCAGCAGAAUCAGCUGUGAAUGAAACGAUAGAUGAUCUGUACCAACCGAACUGCUCCAGAGUUCAGAGCUGAGGAGCAGCCGCUCAGUCAAAGCAGAUUCAUUCUAAUUCCUGACAAUGCUACAUGGCCAACGAUAUCAACAACAGCUAGCUGGUUAGCAUGCUAACUUCAGUACAAGUAAAGAAGUGAUGGAAAUGAAGAAGAGGAGUUAACUGUAUUUUCACCUCUGGAGACAGAUGUUGUGACCAAACGUUUCUUUUUGACGAAACAUCAACCCUGACCAACAUAUACUGACGUCUUAGGGUUAGACCAACUCAAGAUGGAUUUUAACGUCAGGUUGUUUGUGACCUGACUUUUGAGGAGUCUCAGGCGUCUGCUUUUGUUUCUUGUCGGGGGGGAGGGGGCCUCACUGUGAACGUCUGAGAGAUGUGAAGCUGCAGGAUCAGAGGAGCUGUCCUGGAAAACCCCGCCCCCCCCACUACUGCCAACCAAUCAGCACGCAGCCUGGAGGACCAUCAUGCAUCUGAAGUCACAUCCAAAGCUCAUGCGCUCAGACUUGCGUUUGGAUGUGGCCGGUGUUCAGACGUCAUCCCAGCGGAACAGUCUGUUUGUGGGCCAACAGGGGGAGCUGCUAAAGACCUGCAGCAGUAACCAUGGCAACAUCAAUAGCAGCCGGCUUCCAUUCAGUGUCAUCUCGACCAACACGCUUUGCUGUAUCAACGCAACAAACGCCAACGUCAGCAGCAGUGUGGCUUCGCUGCGGCUGAAGCCGUCAUGCAGCGCCGCCCUGCAGCUCCUCUCUCCCCCGCCACUAGGCUGCGAGAAUGACACACUCAGACUGUACCAGACCGCCACAGAAGACACUGAUGCCCCGCUGGACAUCUGGACAGUCAUCAAGCCUGGACAUGUCCGAGAGAAGAUCGCCAUGUUUGCAUCAGAGGGAGGAGGGACAGAGGCAGGAGGCAGUGAAAGCACCUCCUUCAGCAGCUCAGGCUUUUGGGACAGGACGCUGCCGGUGUGUGCAAACCACGCGGCCAUGUCGUGUCAAACACGCACCAUAAAGGCAAAGGGGAGCUGGGAGGAGAAGUGCAGCGCCAAACGACGCCGCAGGUCUGGUAGCAAUCACUGCCAGAGGACCCGAGUCCUGGAUACUCAGCAACACACUCGUGAACCAUCUCCACGGCACUCCAAUUCAACUCAGAGGUCAGGGGUCGGGCGGCAUGAAGGCGAGGAGGUGACAGAGGAGGAGCAGCAGAAGGUGUCAGUAGUGGAGAUGGUGGCGUUCCUGGAGCAGAGGACGAGCGAGCAGCAGAUAGACAGUAAACCUGCUCUCACUGUCCAGAGAAGCUCCACCACCAUCAUGCUCUACAGAGCUCUAGCCCCUGAAGCCAGGGAGGGCUCAGAGGUCAGAGGGGAGGAGCUGGAGAGCAUCAGUGUGACUGACAUGGUGGCCAAGCUGGAGUCGGAGUGUCUGAGGAGGAGGACGGAGGGAGAUCUGUCGAGGAACAACAGCCUGAGAAGGACGGUGGGACGAGUCCUGCUCGCCGCUGGGGACCAGAGCUCCGCCCCGUCCCAUCCAGCAUCAUCAUCUGUGACACUAUCAAUGACAUCAUCAGCUUCUGUAUCAUCACUGAUGGGAGCUCAGAGUCCAAUCAGCUGCUCAAAGACCCCAUUAAGAGACACCUGCCUGAGCUCUGACCACGCCCCCUCACCGGACAUGGCCCCCUCACUCUUCUCAUGUGAGGCUGGGGGGGUUGGGGGGGGCAGAGGUCUGGCGAUGCAGAGCAGUGUCGCAGAGACCGAGCCUCCGCCCGGCUUGUUGUUUUUGUCUCUGCUUCCUGUUGUUGAUUCACACCCCAGCCCUCCCCCCACAGAGCCCCGCUCCCCUGCCGUAGGUUACUCUCCUAACUCUGACAGCCAAUCAGAUAAUUGGGGGAGGAGAAAGGCUGACGGUUGUCAGGAAGGGGAAGUUACAGGUGCAAGUCUUUGCUCUGACGCCAUGCAGCCGAGCCGCCGUGCAUCGGUGUCGCAGGACUUCCUGGAGAUGCGUCAGCGGCUGCAGCAGCUGCUGGAGCCACAACCGUACCUGGCUGUGCUGCCGCAUCACCUGCUGGUGAAGAUCUUCCUGCUGCUGCCGACGCAAAGCCUCGCCGCGCUCAAGUGCAGCUGCCACUAUUUCAAGUUUGUCAUCGAGAACUACGGCGUCCGGCCCGCUGACUCGCUCUGGGUGUCUGACCCCCGUUACAGUGAUGACCCCUGCAAGCAGUGCAAGAAGAGGUACGGCCGUGGCGACGUGUCACUGUGCCGCUGGCACCACAAGCCGUAUUGCCAGGCGCUUCCAUACGGCCCCGGGUACUGGAUGUGUUGCCAUGGCGCCCACAGGGAUGCACCUGGCUGCAAUGUGGGUCUCCAUGACAACCGCUGGGUACCAGCGUUCCAUAGCAUCAAUGUGCCGAUCUACAGGAGAAGCCUCAUCGACAACUGACUGUGUGUGUGUGUGUGUGUGUGUGUGUGUGUGUGUGUGUGUGUGUGUGUGUGUGUGAGAAACUCAUGCUAGCAUAAACCUAAGCUGCUCCCAUGAUGCAACAGCAGAACAGAAUUUCCUUCAAAACGCUGACGUUUCAUUGGAUCAGUUUAAGCUUGAUCUAAUCAUGUGACCAGGGCUGAUUCUCUUCGAGCAGGUUAAAGACGAUGUGGAGAAAUAACUGUGCCGAACUCUGAAGGUUCAGUUUCUCGUCAUGUGACAGAAUCAUGAGUCAGUUCAGGGAAAUCGUUACUGAAUGAUUCUGAUUUAAAGAUGGAGUCAGAAACUUAGUUUUGAAGGAAAAUCUUGACUCGAGUUUCUUCUUGUGGUCUGACCGAAGAACAGUGUGGCGCCCCCUACUGCUCAAACCCCACCUCAACGUAAAAACUGUGCUCGCAGUAAUUUGACGUUUUCCUGAUUCCUCUCUGUUUUCGACACAGAUGAGGAGGAGUCCCGGCCAGGACUCUUCCUCUCUGCCCUCAGUUAUUAGCUUUAGCUGCUGAUGAACGUGACGAUUCUCUACUGAUCAAUUGAAGUGUCAGCAGGAGUUCAAUUAGUUCAUUAUCAAAACGGUUCCUGUCCAUCAACUGAUCAGUUGACGAAUGGAUGAAGCUCCACAAUCUCACAUGGUCUUCAUCAGCAGGAGCUCCCUUUAAACUUACUUAAUUCUGAGUUUGUCAUGUCUGAUGAAGACCGUGGUUGAAAGCUGGAGAGAAUGGAAAAAUCACUGAAUAGAAAUAGUUGAUGAAAUAAUUCUGAUGAUUUGUGUGGAUGGAGGUCACCUCCUGCUUUAAUCAAUCGAUGGAUCAUCUGAUCAUCUGCUGCUUUAUAUUUGUGUGUUUUUUCACCUGUUGAUCAUCAGAUUGAUCGACAUCGAUUUCAAUCAGUGACUUUUCAAACCCGCCUGGACGUUAGGUGAGUGGGGGGGCGGAGCUUCAGGGGGGUCUUGAGUGGAGGAACUUAAUCUGCACCUUGUUUUUGUUUACAUGUGUACAUGAGUCGUAAAGAGUUUAAAGGAGGGAUGGUUAAUGCUGUUCAGUCAAUCAGCAGCUGAGUGAUCAUCUCAGGACUGAAGUUAGAAUUCUUAAACGUGGCCUUGAGUGAUGUAGGAGACGAUGCAAUAUGAAACUGGACUAGAGAUUAUAAAAAAAGAAAAUAUCGGGAGAAAAUAUAACGGACGUUUUGUUUUUUAAGUUUUAUUGGUUUCACUUUUCAGGCUGUCCUGCUUUUUUCUCUGUUGAAGAUCUUUAAUAAAGUGUUUUCUCAUGGGUU